AUGGCGAAUGAUAAUGAUAUCGUAUCAAAUAUUUUUGGUGCAGCCAUAGUCGGAAUAACAAUUACAUUAACAUCACAUUCAUACCUUCACUUAAAACUGCUAAAAAAAAAUGGUCACGAAAUAAUACUAUUAAACAUUGCAAACAUUUUCACACUCGCGAAUGAAAUAGUUGUUCUAAUGUUUUGCUACGCGAAACAAGGAUUUUUAAAUCCGGAAACUAUUCCAUGGCUAAAUUUUUUAUCAAAUCUUGCUUAUUGUAUUGCAAAACCAACAAUUAUGUAUUUGGCAUACUUGCGCGUUUCAUACGUUUACAAGAAAUAUCGACAAUACUGUUUAUUCCAUUUCUGGCUCUUGGCAUGUAGAACUGUGUUUUUGGUGAUGGUGUUGUUGACGGAAUUAAAAUUGGAUCUGGAGUGCACGGGAAUCAAUAAUGAGACAAAAAAAUGUCAUACGUUGAGCACAUUAUGGAAAAUUGAUGCGGCGUCGACUCCAUUAUGGCGAUUUUACUAUAUAGUAUCUGAAGCAAUAUUCUUCUAUUAUUUAAUGAAACAUCUGAACAAUAUAAACAAAGGAGCUGACAUAAAAAUUAUUCGAUAUGCGCGUUUUCAGACAAUUUUAUUUUUGAUUGAUAUUCUUCAACUGACUGCAUUUAGCAUAUACAAAUGCAGGUCUCUUUUCGAGAAAUCGAUUUCUAAGUUUGUUUAUUUUGAAACUCUGAGUUGUGCGUUCACCGUUUACAACAUGUCGCAAUUCGGAAUCAAAAUCCCGAGAUUAUUUCGUGAGUCACCACAUGAAGGGGAAAUUUCACCGGUCCCGUAUCAGGAUUCGCCGAAGUAUGAUUCCUAUCCGUUUCAUUUGAGCGCAGAAGCAAAUUUAUAUUAUACGGGUAAUGAUCCAUUGUACAUGUAUUCGCUUAGCAUUUUAAGUGAUGCUAUUCCAUUAGACGAGCAACAACAGUCAACGACAAACCAGAAUAGUUACAACUUCUCGAAGCGAGAUGAUUCAAAUAAUUCCGAUUCAGCAGUUAUUCAAACACUGUCAAAAGCAAAGACAAAAGAUCGGUAUGAUAAAAAUUGCAUUGAGGAAGAAUCUGAAUAUUAUGAGGACAAUGAUGACAUUAAGCUAACAUCAAUAUCCGGAUCAAAUGACUAG